AUGGCAGCCGCGCUCGCGGGUACCGCGCUCGUUUGCACGGGAGUCACGAACGGCGAGGAGCCGUGUGCAAGUGGUGCCGCGUGCGCCCGGAUCGUUGCCAACGGCGGCGGCGCAGUGCUCUGCACGGUCUCACUCGUGGACGACAUUGAGUGGCGCCGGUUCCUGCCAAACGACGAAGUCCAAGUCUUCAGUACCACGGGCGAGCUCCUGCUGCAAUCAUCCUCCCGCAGCACUGGUCGCAACCACCGCAGCUCGGCCGAGGACCUGGCUCGGGCGCUCGCCGCUGCACGCGCUGCCGAUGGCGUGCUCAUCGCGGUGUCUGGCGGAUAUCCUUUCUUCGUGCCGCAGGCGCCCAUCGGCACGCGUCGCACCAUCGCGCUCGAUGGCGGGAGGAGCGUCGUGCUCGAGACGCUGAGCCAGAAGCCUCGCGUCAGCAUGGCUGACGGCGUUCUCGACGCGUCCGAGUGCGCUGUCAUCCGGGCGAUGGCGGAGCCUAGGCUCGAGGCGGACACAACGCUCCGCCACGGUCAAGGCGUCCGCUCCAAUUUCCAGCGCGCCUCGGACCGCACCUCUCAGAGCGCGCUUCUUCCGACACCGGCGAGUGGCGCCCCGGCGGCGGGUGGUGAAGGCGCCGUGGGCGCUUGGCCGUCUCUGCUGCUCGCGGGAGCGCGCCCGGCGGCCGUCCGCUUCGCCACGGCGCUCAUCUACCUUUCGGACGGCUUUGAGGGCGGCGAGACAAACUUUCCCGUGACUGCAGCCACGCGCAGCACCGGAAUGCUCGGCACGCUGCGCGACCAGCUGCUGCCGCUCACGCGCAACGCCAAGUUCGUGCGCCUUGACUACAACAACUGUCAGACGUCGCUUGGGCUGACGCUCACGCCGAGAGUCGGCCGCGUCGUGCUCUUCUACAACACUCUGCCCGACAGCGCGGCGGCGGACUUUUACGCCUGGCACGGCGGGUGCGACGUGACGAGCGGCGAAAAGUGGGUCGCGAAUCUGUGGUUCAACCUAGGCCAGUUUUGGCGGCGGACCACCCACGGCGGUGGCUAA